AAAAUAUUUCUGUUAAUGCUAUUGCGAAAAUAUAUAUUUUCCAUAAUUCAUUGCGCUAAUACAAUUGUAUUGAUAGUGUGCUUGAUUUACGUAUCACUUUCAGGUUUCGUCUGCGUGAUCGUUUUAUACUGCUGCCCUUCGUCAGGUUUUCUGCUGGACACGACCCCUACAUAUGCAUGCGUUGACCAGGCUCAAAGCUGCGAUGUAUUCAAUACAACUUACGGAGUUUGUAAUGACCACCAUAAUGCAUACCAGAUAUGUCGCAAAUUCUGCGGAUUAUGCAACGUAGUCAACGGCGGAUGGUCAAUGUGGGGCGCUUUUGGGAUCUGUGACGUUACAUGUGGCAACGGAACAAUGACGAGGACCAGACAGUGUAACAACCCAAAACCUCUCAAUGGAGGAGAGGAUUGUCAGGGUCCUUCUUUAAACAAUGCAGACUGUCUUCUCAACAGUUGUCCAACCCAUGGGGCUUGGAGCGCGUGGAUUGAAUGGGGGUCGUGCAGUGUCACGUGCGGAACGGGUCUGAGGAGACGUGACCGAGCUUGCGAUAAUCCCUGGCCUUCAAGGGACGGAAACCAUUGCUUUGGAGACAACAUUAACUACGAGAUCUGCUCAAAGCCAGUUUGUGCAACUUGGACGGAUUGGGGAUCCUGGAGCUCUUGUUCAGACACGUGUGGUUAUGGCCUCAGGGAGCGGUAUAGGAACUGCAGUGGAACGACUGACAUGCAUAAUUUCUGUGUUGGGACUGAUGUUCAAAAUGUGAUGUGCCAAACAUCAUGUAAUGAAAACAGAUACGAGUUGGUGAUCCCUACGAUAUACUUCUACGCCCGAUCACCAGCAUCUUUAUCUCUAUCACAAGGUCAGACUGUCGUUUACAGAGCGGUGGAGGUCAACGAAGGUCAAGGCUAUGACCCGGCAACCGGCAGAUUCACUGUGUCAGUCCCUGGACUGUAUUCGUUUGAAGUUCAAUUCUGCAUUUCACCAGAUGUUAGGGCAUUCUUGGAAAUUGUUAAUCAAAAGAAAACGUUACAAACGUCUUUUGUACAGGACAUGUAUACGUGCGUGUCCAUGAAGGCGUUUACCAAGGCUGAUGCUUCAGACCAGAUUUGGGUGAAAGCAACAUUGUCCACUCAUCUCCUAACAGAUGAUGUUUACAAACACAAUUCGUUUUCGGGAGCAUUGGUUCACUUGUGAAAACAGCAUAAUCAG